UGUCCUCCGAAAUCAAUAGGGUCAGGACCUCCCCGAGGCCAAUUUUGACGCAGAUUUAAAGAAGGGCAAGCUAAUACAGGUAAUGUGGCCCAUGUUCCCAUAUAUAUAUGCUUUUUGUAAAGUUGAAUGCAUUCGUAGUGACAGAGAGUAACUCUUUCACGAUUGAAAACCAUACGAUGUAUUUCCUCUCGAAAUUGAUCGGAGUCAAUCUGUUGGCGUUCUGAAAUGUAUUUGCAGCCACCUGUUUUAGUUUUCUUUGCACUUGAUCAUCUCCCCACUACUUGCGUUGCGCAACUUUCUUCGAUUCUGGUCGUAAACAGUAAAGAAAAACUUGUAAAUAUGCCGCUACAUGUGCAUCUGGAGUUGAGUAAUUCCCAAUAACUUUCGAUUACUUACGAUGAUGACGGGUCGAGACUUGUUUGGCGCUAUGUAAAACAUUUUUUCCGGUUUGAAGUUACGUAUUCUUUAAGACUUCGUUCAAAGUUUAAAGAAACAUUUGAUUUCGUCACGCAUGUAUCUUCCUUUACAAAAAAAAAAGCGUCGAAAUCGAUUAAUGAGAGCUAGAUCAAGUGUUAUAAGAGUGUUACUUUUUGUGUUUAUAAAGAACAACUCCCACAUCGUUACUUAGUUGCCUAGAUACUUAAUUAUUUAUGGGAAUUAAGUUUUAAAAGUAAGAGUCACCAGAAUUAUGAGUCAUUUGGAAAAACAGCAAUAUCGGGUGAAUAAUAUAUUUAUGCAGGCUUUAAGCAACCAGUAGAAGCCUGAAAAUGUAAUUUGAGAGUACUUUUAGGAAAACUAUUAAUAGAAAAGGUACAUGUAACCAACAUUUAACCCUCAAAUGGAACACAAACACUAUGAUUGUAACAAUAUCUAUCAGAUUCCUUCUACCUGGUUCAGGAAUAUAACAGUCUUAUUAUUCUACCAUGUGUAUUCGUCUUUAUUUAUAAAUUCUCAAGAUUUAUGUACUAAUUCUUCCUGCUGUUCUCCAAAAUUUUAGUUUUAAGAAUUUCCUGUUGUAGUUGAAAUUUUGUAUAUUUUUUUUUGUUAAAAUUUCUCUUUGAAAUCUCAAUAAUGUUGUACGGAAAUUACUUUCAAUCACACAUAGGGAGAAAGCUUAAAAAAAAAACAUUGACUCAGAUUAAAAUAACAUUGUGUGAACUUAAUAUAUUUUUGCAAUUCAAGUGUUCAUUAAGCUCUCUGAUUACCGUUAGCUGUUUUCUGUGGAUCAGUGAGGAAGGAUGAGCCAAUCACCAUACCCCCCAUCAGGUGGAGGCUACCAAGGGCAAUCAACGUAUCCAGGUACAGUGUGCAUUAAAUAUUAGGUAGACCUACCACCUUAUGUUCAUUUAUAAAGGUGGUAAGUUUCUAAAGAAACUGUGGUGCUGCAUCAGUGGGAGAGUAUAACAGGGUAAUUUAGUAUUAUCAACUGAGUUGAUAACCUAAACUAGGGUUGGCCACUGUAAAGAGUUUCAAAGCUGACAUUUUGAAUGUUAGCCCUUUGUCAGGGUGAAUGGCAAAGAGCUAAUGUUCAAAACAUCUGCUUCUUUUCUUCUUUAUGAUGGCCAAUUUACACCAUCAACGCAGGUGAUAAUACUAAAUUACCCUUUUUUAUACCCUUGUUUAGGUAAAGAUUUGAAACAAAGACAGAAAUUUUGUUAGAAUUUGUUAUGAAAUUACCUUAUUGACCAUUAAUUAACCCUGCAUUUCCCAAGAUCUGACUGUCCAUUCUCCCUUCUAGCUGCUAAACAUUUCUUCGUAAAUCAGUGAUAAGAAUUUGGUUUUAAAUUAAAAUAACAACUUCUACCCAAUAACUUUUAGUAUUCUCACUACCUGUUUUCUAGAUAAUGUAUGGAUAAUAUAGGAAGAAGUUAUAUGUUAAUCACUUCUUGGAGUUUAAAGGCUAAAGGCAGGUUUCUAAUGCAACAUUGAUCAGCAGUUGUAGACAUUCAAGAAUAUAUACCGGUACUAGCAAUUCAAAAGUGAACAGAAUGACAAGCUUGUGUUUUUAUUUUAUGACAGGACAUUGCUUUUUAAUGGUCCCUCACUAUUAUUUACCAUUGAAUAGGUUGGAAAUAAGAUAGCCAAUCACAUCACAGGUAUAUUGAGUUGGGAGAAUUUGUCAAGAAAUCACAAAACUCUUAGAGAAGGCCUUCUCUCAAACCCAUCUAUUUAAUAGCUGAUAGUUUGAGCUAAUUCCUUAUUUACAGGUGUACAGCAACCAGGUUAUGGAUCUACAGCUCCUGCACAAGGAGCACCUCCACAAGGAUAUGGUCCUCCUCACCAAGGUUACCCACCUCAGCAACAGCCAGGUUAUGGACCUCCCCAACAACAAGGAAGUUAUGGACCUCCUCAACAACAGCCAGGUUAUGGAGCUCCCCAACAGCAAGGAAGUUAUGGACCUCCCCAACAAGGUUACGCACCACCUCAACAGCAACCAGGGUAUGGCCCUCCUCAGCAACAACCAGGCUACCCACCAUUGCAGGGUCAGCACCAGUAUGAUGGUGCACCACCCCAACAACAACAGGGGUAUGGAGGUGCACCUAACCAGCAGCAGGUUUUCACUCCUCUUACAGGUCAGUAAAAGGGUUAUGGUUGCUUGUAACACACAGUUGUCUUGGUGGAUGCAAGUGGUGAUAAUUGAGUAACUCCUUAACUUAACUGUUCUAUAAAGCAGUUGUAUGAACUCUUUAUGAAAAUUUUAUAGCUUUAGUUCUCUUUUUGAUACAGCUGUCUGCAAAAAUUUUACUAGAUAACUUGGAAGCGUGUGGUGCUGAGAAAUGAUGAUUAUGAAUUGAUAAAAAAUUAACAAAGAUUUUAAUAAUAGUGAUCAAAUACCUUUGCACUACUAACAAUAAUUACCAGAAAUGAACAAUGUUUUAGGUUAGACCGCUAAUUUAUAUGUAGUUUUUGAAAUUUUAAUAAGUUAUGCUUGAAUACAUAUAUAAUGAUUUCUUUCAUGGAAGGCCCGUGUUUUUUGAUUUACACUCUGACAUUUUAAGUGUGGAAUAAAAACAAAUUGUCAGGUCAGACUCUGAAGCUUGAUGUGAAAGGUGACUAAGGGAUUAUACAGUCUUAUUACAAGAGCACAUUGGCAAAUAUUUUUUUUCAUUGAAUGUGCUUUAUGUAAUUUGCAGGUGAAGCACAAACCCCAAGUUAUGUUGGCUCGGAUGUUCCUGAUCAAGAUGUAGAUGACAAUGAGAAUGCCGCACCCCCUCCCCCAAGUGCCCCUCCAGCUGACAUGUUCGGAAAGUUUGCUGGAUACGAGUCUGUUAGCUUUGGUAGGUAUUUGCGUUAAAUAUACCACUAAGUUAGAGAUCCAACAGGUUCUUAAAAAAGAUGUGCUGUGUUAUGCCCUGGUUAAUAAUGCCAAAGAUCUCAAAGAAUGGUUUUUAAGAACCAUGACACUUUAAGGUAUUAAGAUAGAACUUGGUGUAAUGGUUUUUGUGAAAGAAGGAAUUAUUGAUCAAAAAGAAAAAUCCUCAGAGCAUGCACAAAAACCAACCAAAGGCAUUAUAGCUUUUCCCAUUCCAGGUUAACCCUUUCACUCCCAUAAGUGACCAAGACAGAAUUUCUCCUUACAAUAUCAAUACAAUAUCAAGCAGGCAGGUGAUGAGAAUAGAGAAGAAUAUCAAUUAUGGUAUUAUUCAUUGAUCCAAUACCAAGUUCUCUUUGCUUUUUGCAAAACAUGAACCUUAAAAUUGUUUAUCUGAUUUUUCAUGAUGCACUGUUUGUACUUUUUGAUUUACAUGAAUUGUGUGCUUCAUGACUUGCACAAUUUUGAGAAAACUUUGAAAAUACAAGUGAUUAAUUAAUCCUUUAUUGCCCUUGAACCCAUGCAAUUACAUAUACUUAUUCUUUGAUUUUUUCAGGCACAGAAUAUCUGCCCCCUCCGCCAGCAUAUGAACCUCCAGCACAGCAGCAAACACCAGAGCAGAUUUUCCAACAGUAAGUCAAUUAGAGAUUCCCAGAAGAUUAUUCCAUGAGAUCUUUUUUGAAGCAAAAUUUGUGAUAACAUUUAAUGUUAUCACAUAGCAUGUUUUGUAAGAAUCAUGAUCACAGCACGCAUUAUAAAAUAAUUCUAUUUGAACAAGCCCAACUGUAAGUGGUCCAUUUGAAUCAUUUUAAUCAGGGCCACAGCUAUCUCUGAAGAUCAGGCAAGAGAUGCACUGCUUGCAUUUGUAGCUGAGAAUUGUUGCUAUGGCAAAAAGGCUGCCAAGGACAUGGACAUCAAAGACAUAGCUCAAUCCAGUGCAUACCAUGUAAGUGCAGAAAUCAUGUUUACAAUUAGAUUAAGUUGGGAAAAUUUGUCAAGAAAUCACAACACUUCUACUGAAGUUAUUAUCUCAAACCCAUCGUUCCCAAGGUCUCUAACCUUUUAACUCCUCGAAGAGAUUAACAUGUAACUUCUCCCUAUCAUAUCCAUACAUUAUCCAGCAAGCAGGUAAUGAGAAUAUUCAAACUUAUCAAGUAGAAAUUGUCUUGAUCCAACACCAAAUUCAUGUAACUGCUUUACAGAAAAAUGUGUAGCAGCUGGAGGGGAAAAUUCACGGUCAGAUCUUGGGAGUGAAAGGGUUAAUCAGGGAACAUUAAAUAAUAAAUAUAAUUGGAAUUUGGGAGUCAGUGGAGUUGAAAGUUGACACUUGUAUGUUUUGUCUCAGUAGCUGUAUUAUAGGCUAACUACAGAGACCAAGAAAGAACAACAACAAUAACAUGAUUGUUAAUUUUAAAAUCAAAUGAAACAUGACUUCAAACCCCACCUGACAGUGGAAAAGCCAAUGGGCUGUUUACAAGAUUUAACGUGGUUUAAGAUGUAACCUUGAUACUGUCAGGGAACAACUCCAGCUAAUUGUAGUAACACAGUAGGAUGAAGACCUGGGACCACAGAAAUUGCAACUCAUCUUAUGAUUGAUAUCAUUGAUUAUCUGUUUUUAAUUUCCAGUAUCACUUGAAUAGUUUCUGUGAAUCAAGAUCCACAGCUUGGAAGCAUGAACCUUACCGAGGUGAGUUGAAUAAAAAAUGAAAUGAACAAAUAGAUAAAAGUGUCAAUCUUUGGGAGUCCAUAAUUAUUUAGCUGGGCUUUUAAGGAUGCAAAUGGAAGCCCAAGGCUCAUGAUGCUAUUUUCUCUAAAUGCUUGUUACAACUUUCUUGACUUUGACAUUUCACAAGUUUGUUUCAUUUACAAAGCUAGAAGAGCCAAGCAUUCCAAUAUACAUGUAUGGCAGCAGAAACCAUGCUAAAACCACUUAUCGAAGUAUCUGUAGGUAACAGUUUGUUUAUGAAUGUAGGUCAGAUGAUCGAUGGUCCUCAGAAUGGCCCUGCGCCACCACCAUGGAGCAUUCCUGCUCAACCAAAUCAGAUAUUUACACCUCAGGUAGUGAACAUUGAGGUGCCCCAUACUGCAUCAGUUAAGGUAAAGACACCUUGUUACAUAAACAGGGCAUUUGUAUUUUGGCUGAUUUUAAAUAGUGGUAGGGAUUGAUGGAAUGUGGAAUCAUUUUCCAGACAGUGCAACUUCCUAGGCUUGUAACUAAUUGUUUAUCACAAGUUGUAAGGGAAAUUAACAGCAAAUUAUCAUCACAUGGUUCUGAGAUUAAAUUCUAUAAAUUAAGGUUGACCAAAAAUAAAUUAACCAAGAGCUCUCUCAACUAACUACAUUACCAUACUUUAUUUUGACAUUGUAAGAUUCUAUGUAAAUUCUUUGUUUCCUAUUUUUUCAGCCCUGCCAUGACUGCAUGGCCUCAGGCUACAAACGCUGUUACAGAUGCUUUGGAAGGGGAAUGGUGAGAUUUAUUUUCUUUACAUUAUUUUUUUCAAUGAUGUAUGAUCUCAGGAAUAUUUGGACCUCAGCUCCAUCACUGCCCCCCUCCUCCCUCAGGUAGUUUAUUUUUGCUCUCAACAUUUAUUCAGGACUUUUUAUUUCCAAACCUCCUUUCCCCUCCCCCCAAAGGAAUGAUCUCCUGUGACCCGUGGCGGGGCAGUUAUAAAGCUGUUGUUAAUCUCAAAUUGUGGAAUGUUUCCUUAAUAUGUUUUUACUAGAUACAAUUUUUAAGGUCCACACCAAAGAUGAUUACCUUUUAUUGCGUACAAACCAUGGUUCAACGUGUGUAGCGGGAACAGAACUUCGGAGAAUUGAACACGCCAAAAAAAUCCAACUUUUGCCGUAAAAAGGCAUUUACUGCGGAGCAAACAAAGUAUACCAGUGGCUGAGCUUUUGGAUUUUGGUAGAAAUACUCAAAAUAAAAACAUCAACCAUUUCUCAAACAGCCAUACUGUAUAAAUGCUGUAGUUACCUUUGUUUUCUUGUCUUCCUCGUCUGCGGCGGCCAUUUUUGAAUGAUUUACGUUGGCCCGUUGUUUUUUUGUGGAAACUGGGAUCGAGAAAUGGAAUGUUACAUUCUCAACCAAUCAGAUGCGAAAUAAUCGCACGGCUACUUCACUCGAAUUUUCCCGCGCAUUAGGUUCGUCACUUGUAUGCACUAUUGUCCUUAUUGGCUACUUUCAAUGUGGAACUUCGUUCAGAUUGGCGGCUAUGAUUAAUUUCAUUUUGAUUUAACGGCACUCAAUCGAGACGACCUUCAAGUAGUCUUUGGUAAUUGAGUGGUGCGCUCAUUUCAAAAAAUUAUUGUCUUCCUUCUCUGUCAGGUUCGUUGUACAUGGUGUCAAGGUUCUGGUCGCCGUACCGAAUACCGUGAUGGGCAAUCACAUAGAGUCAGAUGCACGUGGUGUCAUGGAAGUGGAAGGAGAAUGUAAGUUCAGUGAAAUUUAAAUCGUAAUCACCAUUUACAAAAAGAAAACAAGUACAAAAAGCCUCUGUGAACUCAUUAAACUUAAAAACAACAAGCUGAAGCGUUGGAGAACUGCAAGGGCUCGGUCGUUCGUGCGCGCGUUCGCUUUUUUGCUUGCACGUUCGUUUUUGUUGUUCUCGCGUUGGUUCGUUUGUUAUAAGGAAUUAUUGGUGGUAGAAGAGAGAAUUGCUGAUCAGAUCUUGGCAUUUUAAGGAUUAACUGUAAGAUGCCUAAGGGAGAUGUUAAUAAAUUGUUGCAGAUGUAACACGUGUCAUGGUCAUGGGCGUGUGAUGUGCUGGACAUGUCAAGGGCAAGCGCAGCUCAAGUUGUUCAUUCAGCUUACGAUCACGUGGUGAGUAACUGAAUUCCGUAUUCUUGUUAACUGAUUAUGAAACGUUACUAUACUUGAAUCACACUGGAUAAAUCAGUGUCCUAGGUGAUCAACUCUGUGUCACAUGUAAACCACCUCGUGUCCCAGUUGAUCCACUCUGUGUCACAGGUAAAUCACCUCGUGUCAUUGGUGAACCACACCGUGUCAUAGUGGAGCACUCUCUGAGGGAGCUGGCUUGUCAAACUUCUGUGGAACGCGGGAAAACUCGAGUGACCAAGUCGUGAUUGGUUGUAGUUGUGGACCAGAUUGGUUGAGAAAGGGACGCGAGUUUUGAAUACCUCAGGGCUAAAUUGAGCAGAACUGGAACCAACAAUCCCCUUUUUACUAUCGACAAUCCAUUGAAAAGUUGCUCUGCAAAGUCAUGUACGAAUUAAACGUUUGAAACACUUAAUGAUAAAUUGAUAUAUACGCAUCCUUGUCCUAGAAUAUCAGUGAAUCACUCCCGACCGCCUGCCUUUUUUCUGAUCUUACAGGGAAUGUCACAUCGAUAACCACGUGACGGAGAGAACAGAUCUACCGGAUCAACUUAUACUAGGAUCUCAGGGAACGGAAAUUUUUACUCAAGAACUUCCACGGGUAAAUAUGACUGAUUACGGAAAAUAUUUCAUCCAUUAACUCCGUUAGUGACCAAGACAGAAUUUUUCUUUACAAUAUCAAUACAAUACCAACCAGAAAAGUGAUGAGAAUAAAGAAAAAUAUUAAUUUGGGGAUAAUUUGCUGAUGCAAUACUAAAUUCUCUGAGCUAAUACUAUAAGAAUUGUAUGGUUGACAGUAAGAAGAAUUACAAAUUUGAUCCGGGAGUUUAAAGGUUAAAGUUAGUCUCUAACUCGUUUUUUUAUUUUUUUUAUGUACACUUUCAGGUUUAUCCUGUCACAGCCUUUCAUGAUCAAGAUGUGAAUAAUGGCUCGCAGCGACUUGUCGAAGCUCAUUCGCGGAACUGGCCUACAAAGCGAAUCCUUAUGCAGGUGGGAAAUAGUGAAAUUUUUAGUCUUUGGAAAGUAGCUCUAGUCUGUUUUUAAAGAUAGAAAGAACAACACCAGGGUAGUUUCUCUAGAAUACUAAACCGCUUCCACAGCAUUCAUAAGUUUGAAAUGCGCGCUUGAAUGGACGAGGGCGUUACGCAUUUCUCUUCUCGCGAGCGCGGUUUUAUUUGCGGCGCAAACAGCCCUUACGGCAUCCGGAAAUCUGAAACUCGCGCGAAAGGGAAACCGAGUGUCACGCGUCUCUUUCCUCUUGCACACGUUUACAAAAGCUCUCAUAGCAUGGGUAAGUCUGAAAUGCGCGAGAGGUGAGGUAAAACCAUUGCGCGUUCCUUUCUCCGGCCCUGCGCGCGUCUCAAUGUUCUAUAGAAGGGAAACUACAGCGUUUUAAUUUUUUUCGCACAGAGCUCUAGCAACUUUAAUAUAAAAUGGGAAUCUUGAACUUGACUAGUCAAUAUUUUUUGUUUCAGCGUCAAACUCUAAGAGCGGUACCAGUUUCCGAGGUGAAAUAUGAAUGGAAAGACACUGAUACUCGCUACUGGGUGUACGGGUUGGAUCACAAAGUACAUGCCCCAGACUACCCCCAAAAGUGUUGUUGGGGCUGCGCCAUACUUUAA